CAGACGUGGAUUGUGGACAGACUCGAGUUCUCAGUCCUCCCAACUCAACUUUGUGGAAUAAAUACGAUAGUUGUUUUUGAGUUAUAGAAGACGGCGGAAUUUUGCAAAUGUAAAAAUAACGGAAUAGUGUGAUUUUUUACGAAGAUAAAUGUUGUCGUGCCAGUGUGUCCUUUGUUAUGCUACCGUUAGCUAGCCAGAGAGUGACGUUAUCCAGCUAACGUACUACACUGAGCUGUAUUUUUCAGCCUGUGCCCCAAAUAAUCAGCAUUCCGCGAGGUCCUCAACUGUGUUUAAUUCGAGUGUCUAGUGUUUAAAAAAUGUCUCCGCGACUUCCUCGACGAGACAAAUAUCUCAUUUUCUGAGUUUUGCUACCCGCUAAAUCGUUUUAGCCAUAGCUAACGGCUGCUGUAUGUAGUGUGACAGCUGUGUGUAGUGUACAGUAAUGUGACUGCGGGAGUGUAAAAGCAGAAUGGACAGAGACUUGUUGAGGCAGUGUCUUACAUAUCAUGGAGAGUCAUUGUUCAACAAACUUAAAUGUGAACAAACAGAAAACCCUGACUUCCAGGCUGUGGUGUCUGACCUGUGCAAGGCCACUUGUGAAAGCAGGAGUGAUGGGCAGGACAGCGCCCUUGUGGAGCAGUUCAUUGCCAGGAAGGCUGACAUCCUGUUCUCUCCAGCAUGGAAGACUGUCACUCAUCAAGAAGAGGAGCACGAGGAGCAGGACGCUACAGAGCCCUAUGCCAUCAUGCCACCAGUGGAGUUAUUCAUGGAGGUGUCUUAUGAGGAAAGAAGAGCCAUGCUGUACAGGGACUUGGAAAGAGGAGACAUUGUGGUGGGGAGGAUCAACAACAUAAGAGAUUACGGCUUCUUUCUUACUCUGCUCUGCACAGCAGGAGGACUGAAGAGAGACAUAGAAGACUUAGAGUUGUCGGCUCUGUGUCACAUCAGAGAAAUUCCUUCCACUGGCAGCCAUGAUGACCCUCUGUCCUACUAUCAGAUAGGGGACUUCAUCAGAGCUGCAGUGAAAGAUAUUGACCGCUACCAGGAGAAAAUCACAGUUUCCCUCCACCCGGCCUCCCUCUCCCCCAGCUUAGAGCACAUUAAACUGGGUGUCUUACCUCGAGAAGAGCUGCCAGUACACUAUAGCCGUAGCGUCCGUGCAGCCGCUGACUCCAGUGAGACGUACGAGUGUAUACUGAAGAGUUGCCAUGGUUACCACAACCCCUCUGUAGUGGAAUAUUUGCUGGAAAAGGUGGGAGUGAGUGACACCCACCCACCAUCAAUGAUGAGAGGACUACAAAGUAAAAUUUUCCAAGAAGAUGAUUUUGCUUCUGUGAUCAGGAAGAAACAGUCUGCAUCGUGGGCCUUGAAGUGUGUCCGUGCAGGUGUGGACCAUUUUAAACAUGGUCGUCAUGUGGAAGCCAUGAAUGAAUACAAUAAAGCUUUGGAUAUCGACACUAAUAAUGUGGAAGCACUGGUGGCACGUGGAGCUCUCUAUGCUAACAAAGGCAGCAUCAUGAAGGCUGUAACAGACUUUGAAUUGGCCCUGGAGAGUUGUCCAGAUCACCGCAAUGCCAAGAAAUACCUCUGCCAGACGCUGGUGGAGAGAGGAAAACAGCUUGAAGAACAGGAGAAGCUAGUAACAGCGGAAGGACUGUAUAGGAGAGCUCUGUCGCUAGAUGACUCAAACCCUGAGGCGCAGGAGGCCCUGCGCAAGAUCACAGACACUAUACAGAAAUCGAUUCGCUUGCGAGAAGAAGCGCUGGCUAAGGAGCAAGAGAAAGCUACAAGCAGCCAGACCAGCGCUGAGAAAUUGCGUAAGAUCUUAAAAGAGGAGAAGAGGAUGAAGAAAAAACGGAAGAGAUCAGCCUCUUCCUCUUCGUCAUCCUCCACUUCCUCUAAGAGUUCUUCUUCUUCAUCGUCGUCCUCCUCUCGCAGGAGGUCCAAAAAGAAGAAAAAGAAGAGGAGGAGGUCUGAGAGGGGUAGUAAGCGCCACCGCAGGAUCUCCUCAAGGGAGAGCAGGAGGAGUGAGGAGGGUAAGAGCGAGAGAGACAGGAAGGAGAAAGAGGAGGAUGAGGUGGAGUGGUAUCCCGCUCCUCCCAACACCUCCGCCACCUUUCUCAACCAGAAAGGAGGCCCGGGGUUUGGAAUGAGGGAUGAGGAGGAGGUAGUGGAAAAGGAUUCUGAAGAUAGACGAAUCUGUCAACUGUAUUCUUUGUCAGGCGCUUCAGAGGACGAAGAGUCCAACUCCUCGCGCAGAGAAAGGAAGAGAAGGGACGAGGGAGAGGAGAGCAGGACGAGGAGAAUGAAAAAUAGUCUGAGCAGAAGCCCAGAAAGAGAGGAGAGGGGGAGCAGGAGUAGAGAAGGGAGGGAUAAGAGCAGGGAGAGAGGGAGGGAGGAUAACAGGAAAGACAGGAGAGACAGUGACUCCAAGAGGAGAAGCAGCUUUGAUGAGAGCAGACAGCGAAAAGUGUCCUGCUCAUCUGCCGAGUCUGAGUAUUCAUGGAAGUCCAGUUUCAAGUCUGAAUAUUUCGGGAACCCCAGUUCUGCGUCCAAACACGUGGAGAGUAGGAUGAGACAUGACUCGGCCAAGAGGAACUCCUUGGAUGGUGGUAGGGUUGAGAGCAGAGGGUGGGAGGAAAUCCGGGAGGUAGAAGAGGCUAAGAGAGAGAGGGACGGUAGAAAGGGGAAAGAAGAGGACGAGAGGUCAGAUGGGGGAAACGGUAGAAGAUCAGACGGAGUUGGAAAUAAUAACAAACAGAGUAGUCUGACCCCAGUGCCCGGAGCACGGCCUAAAAAAGACCUCCCUUCUAACCUGUUGGAUAUUUUCAAUCAGAUUGCCCAGUUUGAGAAGGAAAAAGGAGUCCGGCCAAAAUGAUAAACCAGAAGUCCAGAAUAUGCCCGAUACCCGUGAAACAAGACUGUGAAAUAGAUGCCUGUACCAUGAAUUCAUUCAUUCUGGAGUGGUCAUCAAGCAAACACUGCUGAAGAAAUAGCCAAAUGUGUUGUUGAUUAAAUGUCUCCAGUUGUUGUCGGUUACCUUAAGUGUUAGAGAAAACGUCUGAGUCAUUUUGCUUUGAAAUGUCUUCGUCCCUGUGGUGGAUUUAAGGCCUGUGAGCAACUGUUGUGGUCCAGAUGCAUUAAAAUGUCUAUUUGAAUAUGUUGAAACUAAAAUUUAAAUUAAUACUUAAUCCAAAAAAAACGAUUACGAGAGGAACAUCUUCCACUUGUUGGAGAAUAGCUUGGAUAAAUAUGACAGAAUCAAAAAUAUCUGUGUUAAUGUCCGCAUUUAGAGGGAAAUGUUUGUGUCCAUUUUGACAGGUUUUUACAUUACACAGCACAUCUGACAUCACAUCAGUUGCUACAGGUUUUAAUAUCUCUUCUUUUAAUCUUAAGUUUUAUCUGUUUAAGGUGAUACUGCCUUAUGUUUACUGCCUUGUGCCAUUUUGUGCAUUUUUUGUGGCUUGUUAAAUCCCAAACAACAUGACUGUUAGUACUGCAGGACAUUUUCAAGCUUUACACAUUGCUAAUGUUCCAGUUGUAUCCCUAACACACAUUCUCCUGGAAUAGAACAAACUCACUGAAUCAAUAAAGCAUUUAAAAUGUCAAAACUA